UUUCUUGGCGUGUCCAUUCGAUUUUAUAAAUUAAAAACGAGAAUAAAACAUGCUCUUAGGUUCAUUUUAAGUAUCUAAUAAAUUUCGUGAUUGAAUAUAGCAAUGAAAUUAUAUUUUAUUAGUUGUUUUGUGUGAUCACAAUGUCAUGGUCGUGCACGGUGAUUCAGCUAUGCAAUAAAUUCCACAACUUAUAUAAUGUGAUAGAGAUUUCCGCAUACUGGUCGAGCAGAUGACGAUGGCCAUGUUCAAGAGUCAGUCUAUUUUAGUUUCUAUUAUAAAGAAGAACUGGAAGCACUGUAGUCAAUGCGCGAGGUUGUCGACAGAGGCUCAGGCACAAAUAGCAAAUGGAGAAGGCCCCUGGAGUGCGUACGAGGCCCGAGUCGCCAGUGGGUCACUAAGUAAAGAUGAACACCAGGAAACCGUGGUGCGACAUUUACAGCAACUCUACCAAGAUGUUACCACCUUCCAAAGACCUUCACUACAAACACAAACAUCCCUAUUCAGCUUCUUCAGAAAGAAGGAACCAAACAAAAUAAUUGCACCUCAAGGCCUGUAUAUAUACGGAAGUGUCGGUGGCGGCAAGACCAUGCUCAUGGAUCUGUUCUAUGAAACUGUGCCUAUAGAAUCCAAGCUACGCGUCCACUUCAACUCGUUCAUGCUGAACGUUCACGCUCGCAUCCACGAACUGAAGAUCAAGUCGGGGCGCGGCGCAAGCGCGUUCCGUGACGGCUCACACUUCGACCCAAUCCCGCCGCUUGCGGCUGACAUCACGCAGGAAUCCUGGCUGAUAUGCUUCGACGAGUUCCAGGUUACCGAUAUAGGUGACGCCAUGAUACUGAAGCGUCUCUUCACUCAACUGUUCGACAACGGUUGCGUCGUCGUAGCCACGAGCAACCGUCGCCCCGACGACUUGUACAAAAACGGACUACAACGAAGCAACUUCUUGCCUUUCAUCCCGGUGCUUAAGGCUCACUGCCAAGUUUUACAGCUGGAUUCUGGCAUCGAUUAUAGGCUGAGGGGCUCUGGAUCGAAGUAUAGCAAAUAUUUCUUAAAUAGCGAACUGACCCCUGAUAGUAAUGCAGUAGAUAAUUUAUUCAAAUUCCUGAUCUCGAAAGAAACGGACACGGUGAGGCCUAGAGUGAUCAACAUCAUGGGACGAAACGUGAAGUUCGCCAAGUCAUGUGGUGGCGUGUUGGAUUCUACGUUUGAAGAGCUUUGUGACAGGCCAAUAGGAGCGAGCGACUACCUGGUGAUAUCGAAGACAUUUCACACGGUGUUCGUGCGGCAACUGCCCCAGUUGUCGCUGGCGCGGCAUCGCUCGCAGCUGCGACGGUUCAUCACGCUCAUCGACACGCUUUAUGACAACAGAGUGAGGGUGGUAAUCGCGGCUGACGUGGAACCAGCGGAGCUGAUCGCGCGCGAAGUGGCAUCGGCGGAGGAACUGGGCGACGCUGACCGAGCGCUCAUGGACGAUUUGAAGAUCUCCAAGGACUCGGAGGACGCAAAAGCGGCCAUCUUCACUGGCGAGGAGGAACUAUUCGCCGUCGACCGCUGUCUCUCGCGCCUCAUGGAGAUGCAGACCGACGAGUACUGGGACAAGUGGGGCUCUCACCUCGGCUAGUGGAUCUCCCAUCGCGGCUAGUGGGUCUGGCGGAGGAAGGCUGUUCCCACAUGGUCUUUCACUAGUUAUUAGUUAUUUCUAUCCAACAUUUUGAAAACGGGUCUCAUUUUAUGAACAUGCAGACCGACGUAUACUGGAACAAGUGGGGCUCCCAUCUUGGCUGGCGGAGGAAGGUUGUUCCUACAUGAUGUGGUUUCACUAAUUAGUUUUUUUUGUAAAGCGGGUGCUAAUAGUAAAUAACUUACUAUAACUCACGAGAGUGCUAAUUAAAACACCAAGUGCUUACAUUAUUUAUAUUUGUAUACAAAUCUAGAACCUGCGGGACCAUUAUUGGCGGGUUUUUAAUUGAAAAGUGUGGACUCUGAUUGUAGCUCUUAAUAAUCGUACCUAUUGGGUAUGUUAUACUAACCCAAUAUCAAAGAUUUUACACACACUUUCAACAACGAUAGUUCUUGGGCCAAAUACAUUUUAGUAAUGUUUUGUGUAUAGUAUGAUAAUUGAAAUGUGUAUGGCCUUUAUAACAUAUAAUGCCAUUCUUCUUUUACCUAUUCAUGUUUGUGUUGUGUCAUAUUUGGAAAUUCAGUAUUAGAUGACAUUCAGUGGGAUACAUUCGUUUUAGUACGACAAGUGUACUUAUUUAGAAAUAAUGUAUAAUAGAAAAUAAUUUAUUUUUGUUAUUUUUUAUUUAUUUUUGUGUCAUAAAAGAGUUACUUAAAUGUCGACUUUCAUUUUGCAUGUCAUAGCAGUGAACCUUUAUCAUAAGAUAUGUAAUAGGUACUCCAAAGUAGCUACAAACGACCGCACGUAUUUAUUUACAUGUUUACGUAAGUGAGAGUGAGAAAAAAUAACUCUUUCUCGUUCCCUCUUACAGGAUUAGUAUGUGGACAAUGUGUAUAGCCUUGGUGCGGGCGUCUGUUAGCAGUCUAAAAGUCACCUUCAUCAGAGUCUUAAAGCCAGUCCAGACGUCGACCGAAUUGAUAAGGAGAAAAUUGGCAUCAAUCUCAUUUACCGUGCAUA